AUGAAGAAUUGCGUUUACGUCCACCUGUUCAAUGGCGUAGUGCGUUACCUGUACCUCAAACACGAACGCAAAGCGCCCAAAUGGGUGUGGACGUGUCGGGUUUACGAAGAGCUGUUCUCGCGGGACCGUCCGACGGUCCGCAGUUUGGAAAUCUGCGAAAUGUUUGACGCUUUCGGAUUGCCUGCGGACUACCGAGGUUACCGAGAACAAUUGGUGGAGUCUGGUUCCCUUUUCGCACCGGCUGGCCACGUGGUUCGAGCGGAACGGCUCGCGAUCCUUUUCGGUGUUUCCGGUUUUCCGCCCCGGCCCCAAACACUUGCGGUACAACGCUCGGGCUUUACACGAACUAUUGCGUUCGGUAAAACCUUCGGAAUGCACAUCUGA